AUGAAGAAAUUUAUUGUUAAAGAAUGGGCUGAGCUUAUUUCAGUCCCUAUUACCUUAGAUGAACAAUCUCAACGAGUCUUUGAACAUGCUGACUUGCCCGAAGUGAACGAUGAACUAUCUGUGACAUUACGACUUAAACUUCAGAGUCAUUCUUCCAAUUGGGCUACUAUUUUUCACAAAGGUACCGAAUCGUUUAUCCGUACUCCUAGGCUCGAGUUGGUACCAAAUAAAUCCUCAUUGCAUGCUCGGUUCACCGGCAACUGGACUAAUAAUGCAGGAAUUUAUGAGCUCGGUGAAGGACUUUUGUUGAAUAGGUGGCACCAUAUCGCUUAUACGCUUUCUGAUUCCGAAAAAAGAUUAGACAUCUACAUUGACGGUCAAUGGUUCGGAUUCUAUUGUAUCCAGAACGUUACAACGGAAAAUGUUGUCUUUAAUGAAGGACCAUUAUAUAUCGGACGUUCUUUCGGCAAUGGAUUUAAUGGCGAAAUUUGCAAUGUUCGAUAUUUCAAUUGGCGUCUAUGUACCGAAGAAGUGAAAAAAGAUUUUGUUGCUUUAUUUAUAAAACUUGCAAAGGCUGUUUGUAAUGGUAGGGAAUUAGAUUUGAAAAAUGAUGUUUUUACCGUUAUUGAAGCUCAUAAUACGAGUGUAAACACGGGUAACCCAGUGCCAUUUAAUUCUACUAUUGGAUUCAAGCAUCAAGCAACAAAGGCAUUUUUACAUUCUCAUUCUAGAAACACACCGAUUUCGAAGCAUCAGGAAGUGACCAUUUGGGAUGGUAGAGAUGAAAACGAUGACUGGGUCAUUCGACGUUAUGGCUCUAAAGAUAACUCGGGUUAUUUGUCGAAUGGUGACAUAAUUAGCCUACUCCAUGUAAAUACUGCUAGAAUAGCACUUAAUAGUCAUCCCUUAUUACUUGAUGAUGGAACUCAAGAAGUUUGUUGUCAUGAAAAUGGAAAUUAUGACAAUAAUAAGUGGCGUAUUGAAUUAAUUGAUUCGUAA